GCUUUUGCUUCACAACGCACGCAACUCCAUUUCUAAAUUCAGCUGUCGAUUUCAAUUAACUCAUGCUCAUGCUUCAGCGGGAUCGUCAAUCCCUAAAUCCUAUUCCCUCCUUCUUCCCCUCCCCAGUGCAUGCCUCGGCAAAUGCGCCGUUGAACCACACCUCAACGUAGCAUUCAAAGACCAAGUCUGCACAGCGAAGACUCCGGAUUGGCCUCUCUAAAUUCUUGAAUCCUUGUCGUCAAACCCCGGCGCUUCGGGGCCUUGAAUUUGUUCGUCAUGUCGCUCCUCCGACAUCUCGUCACCUCCGCCGUCCGGCGCCCGUCUACUGCUACCUCCGCUUCCUUCAUUACCCUCCGUCCCGCUGCUAGAAUGCUCUCGACCUUACCACGCUUACCGCUCUUCGAAGCUGUUGCACAACAUGAUCCAGAUUCGAAAGCUGUUAUCCACUCUCUUUCCGGUCGGACCUUCAAGUAUGGAGAGCUUCUAGGUGAUGUUAGUCGCGCACGGGACAGGCUGGCCGAAGCUGCUGGUCGUGAGGACCUCAAUGGCGAGCGCAUUGCGUUCCUGGUUGAGAAUAGUUAUGACUACGUAGUAACACUCUUGGCCGCAAUGGCUGCGCGAUCUAUCGCCGUGCCUCUAUCACCUGCAUUCCCUGCGCCAGAGCUACAAUACAUUCUCAACCAGAGUGAAGCUUCACUACUAGUAUCCUCGCCAAAGUUCGCAUCCAAGGCCAAGGAGGUUCUUGCGACUGAACUCACAACCCAGCCGGCGCAUGUAGAACUUCAGAAGCAUCAAGGUGGGGGUAAUCAUGACAAGGUGCAACUGAACAAUACCGAUGCUGGUGAAGCUGGUAUGAUGCUGUAUACUUCGGGAACGACCAAUAAACCCAAAGGAGUACUGCUCCCCCAAUCGGUCUUGACAGCGCAAUCUCGCUCCCUCGUUGAGGCCUGGAACUACUCACCCUCAGACCAUCUCCUCCACGUCCUCCCGCUUCAUCACAUCCACGGAACUGUUAACGCCAUCCUUACACCGCUCCUCGCCGGCUCAACAAUCGAGUUCAUGUUCCCAUUCAACGCUGAUGCUGUAUGGAAGCGUUUCUCAGCGCCCUUUCUCGACAAUGAGUCCUCUACCCCUAAAGAGAAAAUCACAUUCUUCACAGUCGUACCCACGGUGUAUAGCAGGCUACUCACUUCAUACAAGAGUAUCCCUCAAGAAACUCAAGAAGCCGCCCGCAAAGCCAUCUCUCCAGAGAACAUGCGCCUCUCCAUCUCUGGGUCCGCCGCACUCCCAACGCCUAUCAAGACCGCCUGGAAAGAUCUCAGCCGUGGCAAUGUCCUCCUUGAGCGUUAUGGUAUGACCGAGGUCGGUAUGGCGCUCAGCUGCGGUCUUGACUUUUCAGAUCGUGUAGAUGCCAGUGUUGGCUGGCCACUACCGUCCGUUGAAGCUCGUCUAGUCGAUGUCGACAACGGUGAAAUUAUCAAAGAAGGAGAAGAAAUCAAUGCUCAAGGCCGCGAGCGCUCUGGUGAGAUUCAGCUAAGAGGCCCAACCAUCUUCCGCGAGUACUGGCGCAAUCCGGCCGCAACAGCGAGCGAAUUCGUCGAAGAUUCAGACGGAGAGGGGAAAUGGUUCAAGACAGGCGACGUAGCUGUCCGCCGUCCAGUCUCCUCCGCCAUCGCUUCCCAGUCAUGGACACAUGGCCCCCUUUACUUCAUCCAAGGACGCAAGUCCGCUGAUAUCAUCAAGACAGGGGGCGAAAAGGUAAGCGCUCUAGAAGUCGAGCGAGAGCUAUUAUCCAUCCCCGAGGUCGCCGAAGCAGCUGUCGUGGCUGUGCCUAGUGGGCAAUGGGGUCACAAGGUCGGCGCUGUCCUGGUUCUAGAUAAAGACGUUGUCAAGAAGUGGUCGGCCCUCGACAUGCGAAGGGCCCUCAAGGGACGCUUGGCAAGUUAUAAGAUCCCCCAGGUUAUGCGACUUGUUGAUCAAAUACCCCGAAAUGCUAUGGGCAAGAUCAACAAGAAGCAAUUGGUCAAGAGCAUCUUCCCCGACGAUAUCAGCGGGGAUGAGAGUUGAUUUAAUCGACUUCCAUUGAAAAAGUAAAAAGUGUAAGAUAUGAAACUUUAUAAUCACUCCAGUAACCCACAUUUCACCAAAUAUAUGCGAGUAUUGUUUCAUCGAGUUAGUAGCAAUUGAGUAUGCCUAGCAAGUAUUCAUGCGAAGCAACUGAUUACAGUUGUUCGAAAGUACAAAAAUCUAUUUUCCUUUCCCC